AUGGAGCAACUAUUCGACCGCACACUCGAGCCCAUAGAAGAUAGGCUAUAUCGGGUCGAAGCAUGGGGACAACGUGAAGGAACCCCCGAAUAUGCAAGGCGAGGGCAAGGGUAUCCCAUACAACGCCAAGAAGAUCCUGAUGAGUCAAGUGAAGAAGAAAGAUAUUAUUCUCCUGUUCGAGGCAAGAACGACCCUGAAGCGUAUUUGGAGUGGGAGAAGAAAAUAGAGCUCGUCUUCAAGUGUCACAAUUACUCGGAGAGAAAAAAGGUGAAGCUCGCCAUAAUAGAGUUUUCUGAUUAUGCAAUCGUGUGGUGGCAUCAACUCUUAACAAGCCGUAGGAGGAACGGAGAAAGGCCUAUUUCAACUUGGGCUAAAAUGAAGGUUGUCAUGCGGGAACGUUUCAUCCCUUCAUAUUACCACCGAGCGGCUACAAAAUCUAACUCAAGGCAACCGAAGCAUCGAAUAUUAUUACAAAUAAAUAGUGGUUGCAAUGAUAUGAGCCGAUGUGAAAGAAGAUCGUAA